GACAUUUCCUUCACUGGUUAUAAUUGUUACCAAAUAUCUAGUGCUCAAAAUUAAAAUUCUUGAUUUCCCAAUCAAUUUAUUGGAAUAAUCUACAAAAUAAAUACAAUUAAGCAUUCAAAAUGCUAAGAAACGCCGCAAGGAAUCUAAUUACUUCAUUAAAUAAACCCUCACAGACAACUCAAUGGAAGAACAUCGAAAAAUGCAUUUCAACCACAGAAAUCAAACAACAAUUGCUUAUACCAAUGGUGGUUGAACAAACAGGACGUGGAGAGCGAGCUUAUGAUAUAUUUUCGAGACUUUUGAAAGAAAGAAUCGUCUGUUUGAUGGGCCCCAUCCAUGACGGAGUAGCGUCACUGAUUGUGGCGCAAUUACUUUUCUUACAGUCUGAAGAUUUAGAUAAACCCGUCCAUUUGUAUAUCAAUUCACCCGGUGGUCAAGUGACGGCUGGAUUAGCAAUUUACGAUACAAUGCAAUAUGUAAAACCUCCAAUUGCAACUUGGUGUAUUGGCCAAGCUUGUUCAAUGGGUUCACUUCUCCUUGCUGCAGGCGAACCUGGAAUGCGAUAUUCACUGCCAAAUUCUAGAAUCAUGAUCCAUCAGCCUUCUGGUGGCGCUCAGGGUCAAGCUACAGACAUUCAAAUUCAAGCCGAAGAAAUAAUGAAACUCAAAAAUCAAUUAACACAAAUUUAUGUGAAACACACAAAUCAAGAUUUCGAUUCAUUGAUGGCAAAAAUGGAACGUGAUAAGUUUAUGUCACCCGAAGAAGCUCAAGAAUUGGGUAUUGUAGAUCAUGUCCUAGAACAUCCACCAUUGAUGGGGGAAGUUAUCGAAAAACUCACUCCAGAACAACAAGCUGAAAAAGAUCGAGGCGAUGAGAUUAUUAUUUAAGGAAGAAUCGUCGUCGUAGCGGGAGCGUUUUGUGAUUAUGAUAAAUGUGAAUUUUUUCGAUGUUGUUAGGAAUUAGACAAUAAAUUUGAUCUUAUUUUAUAUA